ACCUGUGAUUGCUACAGAAUCUAACAGUGCUUAAACCGGGAGACAGACACGUCUGGGAUCUGUUUGUUAUAUUCUCAUCUCUACUUUUGCUUUGCUUGUGGCCUCAGUUAAUGCCCAGCCACAGUGUCCCUGCUGUGUGCUGCCACUGCUGCUGCACAAAGGUAGCUGCUAGGCUUUGGUGAAGAAAGAUGGCUUUCUGGACACAGCUGGGACUGCUGCUGUGGAAAAACUUCACCUACAGAAGAAGACAGACUUUGCAGCUGCUGAUUGAAGUCGCUUGGCCUCUUUUUAUAUUCUUCAUCCUGAUCUCUGUAAGACUUUCAUAUCCGCCCUAUGAACAGCAUGAAUGUCACUUCCCAAACAAAGCCAUGCCUUCAGCGGGCACGUUGCCUUGGAUACAGGGGAUCAUCUGCAAUGCCAACAACCCCUGCUUCCGCUACCCGACUCCUGGGGAGUCCCCUGGUGUCGUUGGAAACUUCAAUGCCUCCAUUGUUUCCCGCCUGUUCUCGGAUGCCAAGAGGUUACUCUUGUACAGCCAACAGGACACGAGCAUAAAGGAUGUCCAGAAGGUCCUGGGCAAACUGCAGAAGUUGGGGAAGAUUGGCUCAGACUUGAAACUCCGGGAUUUCCUGGUGGACAAUGAGACGUUCUCAGACUUCCUUCAUCAUAAUGCGUCCAUGCCACCGUUUGCAGUAGAUGAGCUGCUGAACGCUGGGGUCAACCUCCAGAAGGUCAUUGUGUCUGGCUACCGAAUGCGACUGCGAAAUCUCUGCAAUGCCUCAACAUUGUCUGAAUUUCUUACAAUUCAAAACCAGACAGCGGCCAUGGACUUUGAAGCCUUCAUUUGCACAUUACCAAAGGAAAAACUCCGCACAGCAGAGCAAGCCUUCCAUGCUAACCUGAACCCUUUGAAACCUUUUCAGAGACGGUUCUCUCUCAAUUCCUCCUUGUGGGAUCUGUCAGAAACCAUGGAGACUCUGAUACAGAGCUUUGGGAAGCUUGUUAAAGAGUUGCAGACCAUGAAGAGCUGGAGUGAUAUGAGGCAAGAGGUGAUGUUCCUGACCAAUGUGAACGCCUCCAGCUCCUCUGUGCAGAUUUACCAGGCUGUUUCACGCAUUGUAUGUGGCCAUCCUGAAGGUGGAGGGCUCAAAAUCAAAUCCCUCAACUGGUAUGAGGACAACAAUUACAAGGCACUUUUCGGAGGGAACAGCACUGAAGAAGAUGUAAUUAAUUUCUACGAUAACUCCACAACACCCUACUGCAAUGAGCUGAUGAAGAACCUGGAAUCCAGCCCGCUCUCCCGAAUCAUUUGGAGGGCUUUGAAACCUUUGCUGAUUGGGAAGGUCUUGUACACUCCGGACACACCAGCUAUACGGAAGGUCAUGUCUGAGGUGAACAGGACGUUCCAGGAGCUGGGUGUGUUUCGUGACCUCGGGGGGAUGUGGGAGGAGAUAAGCCCGAAGAUUUGGACGUUCAUGGAAAGUAGCCAGGAAAUGGAUCUGAUUCGGACACUGCUGAAAGGCAAAGAUCUCUGGGACCUACGGUUGCCUGCUUCAAACUGGACUGUGGAAGACAUUGCCCGCUUCCUGUCAAAGCACCCAGAGGAGUUUGAGAUGGCAAAUGGCUCAGCAUACACCUGGGUGGAUGCCUUCAAUGAGACAGACCGGGCUAUUCAGACCAUCUCUCGCUUCAUGGAGUGUGUCAACCUGGACAAACUGGAGCCUGUGGCAACAGAAGUCAGGCUUAUAAAUAAGUCCUUGGAGCUGCUGGAUGAAAGGAGGUUCUGGGCUGGCAUCGUCUUCACUGAAGUAGCUCCUAACAGCAUAGAGCUCCCUCAUCAUGUCAAAUACAAGAUACGCAUGGACAUUGACAAUGUGGAAAGGACCAACAAGAUCAAGGAUGGGUACUGGGAUCCCGGUCCCCGGGCUGACCCCUUUGAGGACAUGCGCUAUGUCUGGGGAGGCUUUGCCUACCUGCAGGAUGUGUUGGAACAGGCCAUCAUCAGAGUGCAGACAGGCACAGAGAAGACGACAGGGGUUUACGUGCAGCAGAUGCCCUAUCCGUGUUACGUGGAUGACAUAUUUCUGCGCGUCAUGAGCCGCUCCAUGCCCCUCUUCAUGACUCUGGCCUGGAUCUACUCGGUGGCUGUGAUUAUCAAGGGUAUCGUGUACGAGAAGGAAGCCCGACUGAAGGAGACAAUGAGGAUCAUGGGCCUAGACAAUGGCAUCCUGUGGCUAAGCUGGUUCAUUAGCAGCCUUAUCCCUCUCCUGAUGAGUGCCGGCCUGCUGGUUCUGAUCCUCAAGAUGGGGAAUCUGCUGCCUUACAGUGACCCGAGCGUGGUGUUCGUUUUCCUCUCCAUCUUUGCCGUUGUGACCAUACUCCAGUGCUUCCUCAUCAGCACGGUGUUCUCCAGGGCCAACCUGGCAGCUGCCUGUGGGGGCAUUGUCUACUUCACGCUGUACCUGCCCUACGUGCUGUGUGUUGCCUGGCAGGACUACAUCAGCUUCUCCCUCAAGAUCUUUGCGAGCCUGCUGUCUCCAGUAGCCUUUGGCUUCGGUUGUGAGUACUUUGCACUGUUUGAGGAACAGGGAGUUGGUGUUCAGUGGGACAACUUCUUCAAGAACCCAUUGGAAGAAGAUGGCUUUAGCAUCACCACAUCUGCUGUCAUGAUGUUGUUUGAUACCUUCCUAUAUGGCGUCAUGACUUGGUACAUUGAGUCUGUCUUCCCAGGUCAGUAUGGGAUUCCCAGACCCUGGUACUUUCCUUUCACAAAGUCCUAUUGGUUUGGCGAGGAACCGCAGGAUAGGCAACAUCCUCAUCCUGACCAGAAGGGCCCUUCAGAAGUGUGCAAGGAGGAAGAGCCCAUGCAUCUGAGCCUUGGGGUUUCCAUCCAGAAUCUGGUCAAGGUUUAUCGUGAUGGCAAGAAAGUCGCUGUAGAUGGUCUCACGCUGAACUUCUAUGAAGGGCAAAUCACUUCCUUUCUGGGACAUAAUGGAGCGGGGAAAACCACUACUAUGUCCAUCUUGACUGGCUUGUUUCCUCCAACCUCGGGUACAGCCUUCAUCCUGGGCAAAGAUAUCCGCUCUGAGCUCAGCACCAUCAGGCAGAAUCUGGGUGUCUGUCCACAACACAACGUGCUUUUUGACUUGCUGACCGUGGAAGAGCACAUCUGGUUCUAUGCUCGUCUCAAAGGGCUGCAGGAAAAGAAGGUGAAAGAGGAAAUGGAGCAGAUGGCAAUGGAUGUUGGUUUACCUCACAAACUCAAAGCUAGAACUAGCAAACUCUCUGGUGGCAUGCAGAGGAAGCUCUCGGUCGCCUUAGCCUUUGUUGGUGGCUCCAAGGUUGUCAUUCUGGAUGAACCCACAGCUGGAGUGGACCCUUAUUCUCGCAGAGGGAUAUGGGAAUUGCUGCUCAAGUAUCGGCAAGGACGAACAAUCAUUCUCUCCACACACCACAUGGAUGAAGCAGACAUUUUGGGGGACCGAAUCGCCAUCAUUUCUCAUGGCAAGCUGUGCUGUGUUGGCUCUUCCCUAUUCCUGAAGAACCAGCUGGGAACAGGCUAUUAUUUGACCCUAGUCAAGAAGGACGUGGAUUCUUCUCUGAGCUCCUGCCGAAACAGCAGCAGCACUGUGUCUUAUUUGAAAAAGGAUGAUAGCGUCUCCCAGAGCAGCUCUGAUGCUGGCCUUGGCAGUGACCAUGAAAGUGACACCUUGACAGUAGACGUUUCUGCAAUCUCAAAUCUGAUUACAAAGCAUGUUUCUGAGGCCAGACUGGUGGAGGACAUUGGGCAUGAGUUAACCUAUGUCUUGCCAUACAAAGCUGCUAAAGAGGGAGCUUUUGUGGAGCUGUUCCAUGAAAUUGAUGACCGCCUCUCAGAUCUUGGCAUUUCCAGCUAUGGCAUUUCUGAAACCACCCUGGAGGAGAUCUUUCUCAAAGUGGCUGAUGAUAGUGGGGUGGAUGCAGAAACCUCAGAUGGGACCCUGCCAGCCAGAAGGAACAGACGCGUAUUUGGAGACAGACAGAGCUGCCUUCGUCCGUUUACAGAGGAUGAUGCAUUUGACCCUAAUGAUUCAGACAUAGAUCCAGCAGAGUCCAGGGAGACUGACCUUCUCAGCGGGAUGGACGGGAAGGGCUCCUACCAGAUGAAGGGCUGGAAGCUCACCCAGCAGCAGUUCGUGGCUCUCCUUUGGAAGAGGCUGCUCAUUGCCAAGCGAAGCCGGAAGGGCUUCUUCGCUCAGAUUGUGCUGCCAGCUGUGUUUGUGUGUAUCGCUCUCAUGUUCAGCCUGAUUGUUCCUCCCUUUGGGAAGUAUCCCAGCUUGGAAUUACAGCCCUGGAUGUAUGAUGAGCAGUACACUUUUAUCAGCAAUGAUGCUCCAGAUGAUGCAGGCACUCAGAAGCUUUUGGAUGCACUUCUCAGUAAGCCUGGCUUUGGGACGCGCUGUAUGCAGGGACAUGCCAUCCCAGACACUCCUUGCACUGUUGGGCAGAAGGAAUGGACCAUGGCUUCAGUCCCAGAAUCCGUCCUGGACAUCUUCCUGAAAGGCAACUGGAGCAUGGAGAACCCUUCCCCGUCGUGCGAAUGCAGCAAUGAGAAGAUCAAGAAGAUGUUGCCAGUGUGUCCCCCUGGUGCAGGCGGGCUGCCUCCCCCACAGCGAGAGCAAGACACAGCUGACAUCCUCCAGAAUCUGACAGGCCGUAAUAUAUCGGACUACAUCUACUUUGUUUUCUGUCUCCUCAGCUGAAAGAAUAAGAUCUGGGUGAAUGAGUUCAGGUAUGGUGGCUUUUCCCUGGGAGCCAGCAGUUCCCUCAUGCUUCCUCCAAGCCACGAAGUCACUGAUGCCAUUAAACAAGUGAAGAAAAUCUUGGAGCUAGCACAGGGAGGUUCUGGAGAUCGGUUUCUCAAUAGCUUGGCAAGUUUCAUGAAAGGCCUGGAUACAAAGAGCAAUGUAAAGGUGUGGUUCAACAACAAAGGCUGGCAUGCCAUCGCCUCCUUCUUGAAUGUGAUAAACAAUGCCAUCCUUCGGGCCAACCUGCAGCAGGGCAAGAACCCCAGUGCUUAUGGGAUCACUGCCUUCAACCACCCCCUCAACCUUACCAAGCAGCAGCUCUCUGAAGUGGCCCUGAUGACCACGUCCGUGGAUGUCCUCGUCUCCAUCUGUGUGAUCUUUGCCAUGUCCUUUGUUCCUGCCAGCUUUGUGGUCUUCCUCAUCCAGGAGCGGGUCAGCAAGGCCAAACACUUGCAGUUCAUCAGUGGUGUGAAGCCAGUGAUCUACUGGUUGGCCAACUUUGUCUGGGAUAUGUGCAACUACAUUGUUCCAGCGACGCUAGUUAUCAUCAUCUUCAUCUGCUUCCAGCAGAAGUCCUAUGUGUCCUCCUCCAACCUGCCUGUGCUGGCCCUCCUUUUGCUUCUCUAUGGGUGGUCUAUCACUCCUCUCAUGUACCCAGCCUCCUUCGUGUUCAAAAUCCCCAGCACAGCAUAUGUUGUGCUGACCAGUGUGAACCUCUUCAUUGGCAUCAACGGUAGUGUGGCCACCUUUGUCCUGGAGCUCUUCACCAAUAACAAGCUGAACAACAUCAAUGACAUUCUGAAGUCAGUCUUCCUCAUCUUCCCCCACUUCUGUCUGGGACGGGGACUCAUUGACAUGGUGAAAAACCAGGCUAUGGCUGAUGCUCUGGAGAGGUUUGGAGAGAAUCGUUUCGUGUCCCCUCUGUCAUGGGACCUAGUGGGGAGGAACCUCUUCGCCAUGGCAGUGGAGGGUGUAGUCUUCUUCCUCAUCACCGUGCUCAUCCAGUACAGGUUCUUCAUCAAACCCAGGCCUGUCUAUGCCAAGCUGCCUCCUGUGAAUGAUGAAGAUGAAGAUGUAAACAGAGAGAGACAGAGGAUAAUUAGCGGAGGAGGACAGAGUGACAUCUUGGAAAUCAAGGAGCUGACCAAGGUGACUGCAAAAGUUCUGUAUUUGUCUCCAAGGAAAGUUGAUAGGAUCUGCAUUGGAAUCCCCCCUGGAGAAUGCUUUGGGCUCCUGGGAGUAAAUGGUGCUGGCAAGUCAUCCACUUUCAAGAUGCUAACUGGUGAUACAGAUGUGACAGGAGGAGACGCUUUUCUCAAAGGAAACAGUAUCUUGUCCAACAUCCAAGAAGUCCACCAGAACAUGGGCUACUGCCCGCAGUUUGACGCCGUUAAUGAACUGCUGACGGGGCGAGAACAUCUGGAGUUCUUCGCGCUCUUGAGAGGGGUUCCGGAGAAAGAAGUCUGCAAGGUUGGUGAAUGGGCAAUUCGGAAACUGGGCCUUGUGAAAUAUGGAGAAAAAUAUGCAGGGAACUACAGUGGGGGAAACAGACGCAAGCUCUCCACAGCGAUUGCCCUCAUUGGGGGGCCACCUGUGGUAUUCCUGGAUGAGCCGACAACAGGCAUGGAUCCCAAAGCACGCCGUUUCCUAUGGAACUGUGCUCUGAGUGUCAUCAAGGAGGGGAGAUCAGUGGUGCUCACAUCUCACAGCAUGGAAGAAUGUGAAGCACUGUGCACACGAAUGGCGAUAAUGGUCAAUGGGCGGUUCAGGUGCCUGGGCAGUGUCCAGCACCUAAAGAACAGAUUUGGAGAUGGUUACACCAUAGUGGUGCGAAUUGCAGGGGCAAACCCGGACCUGAAGCCGGUGGAGGAAUUCUUUGGGCUUGCCUUUCCUGGAAGUGUCCUGAAGGAAAAGCAUCGGAAUAUGCUUCAGUACCAGCUUCCUUCUUCACCAUCUUCCCUGGCCAGAAUAUUUAGCAUCCUCUCCCAGAACAAAAAGAGACUCCACAUAGAAGACUACUCCGUUUCUCAGACCACACUUGACCAAGUAUUUGUAAAUUUUGCUAAGGACCAAAGCGACGACGACCACACUAAGGACCUGUCAUUGCACAAAAACCAGACUGUGGUAGAUAUUGCAAUCCUUAAUUCCUUUCUGCAAGAUGAGAAGGUGAAAGAAAGUUGUGUGUGAGCCAAUUUCAGCAGAGGAAUGAUGAGCAGAAUGCGGACUGCCUUGGCUGGAUACAAUACUCCCAAGGAAGAAGCUAGAGAAAAAGAAACUGGACGCUCUACUGAUAACCAUUCAAUGCAACGCAAUUCAAUGCAAUGAAAACAAAAUUCCAUUACAGAGGCCAUGCCCCAUGGAGUCGUCGUCUUGUACUGUUCUCAAGUGAAAGACUUGAAGUUAGCUCAUUACAAUAUAACUCUGUGAAGCUGUGGUAAAGCACCCACCAGAUGCUGUGGGCUUUCAACCAUACUGAAUCUUGUCCUAUACAGUAUAUUUUUACUAGGGUUGCAAAAAUAGUUCAUUGAGGAUUCAUGGCCAGUGGUUAUUUAUUGAUAUUUUAAAGACAUGCAUGUUUUACUCUUGGAAACAUUCAUGUCAAGAAUGGGGAUUCCUUGGUGCUAAAUCCAUUGCUGGCAAUGAAUGCACCAAAACAGUCAGUGGCAAGAAAAGUCACCAAACAACAGUGUUGUGGCCUUAUUUUGUGAAAAGUGACCUGACCAGCUGCUUUUCCUGGACUGGUGUAGGUCAUAUGGGGAUAAAUCUGAGGCCACAAAGCUGUACUGUGCAGAUGGGUUGUAUGGACAUGAUGACCUGUCUCUUCUCAUCUACUUCAGUGAGUGGUGAUAUGCAGAAAUGUGAACCCUGCAAAUACACAGGAUUGUCCCACCAGCAUCAAAACCAAUAACCUACUCUGACUAGGUUUUUUUGUGUAGUUAAGUACUCUCUUGCUCCUUUGGAGGUACUGCAGCAGCUGCAUGAACACCUAGUAGAAGGAAGUGGGUGACAAGCAGAUCUAGGGUUUGGACCACAGCAGCAAACUCACUGGUUAUACAAGCUGCUAAUGCCAAGAGCAAAUGCUAAACCAUGAGACAUCACUCAGAUAUGUAAUGUCUGCUCUUUAACCCCUGCUUUGCAUCAGAAAGGUACCCAUCAUCUGAAGUUAUUGCUUAGCACAAGCGUGUUGCCAUUUUUGGCUUUGCCAGAUAAAACUAGAUACAAGAUGUAGAUUUUUUUUUUUUUAAACAGUAUUAUUUAUAUGAUAUUAAAUAGAUAGGUAGCAUAAUUAGGGAUUUAAAGUGCUUUCAGUUGAUCUUUGUAGCCACAGUAUUUCUUUACAUUAUGCCUGCAAUGCUUGCUCUCCUUCUCUCCAUUCAGUGAUAGCUACGUUCAUGAUCUGCCCAAGUUCCAGACUCAAGCAAUCAACCACUAUCUGGAAUUACUGUUAAGUUGUUCACCUAGAAUUUUCCUGUUUGGAAACUGAUAUAACAUUAGAUUAAUGUGCAAGUUUCUACUUCUGUAGUGCAGUGUAGUUUCAGUCAUUAGGUGACCCCUAACUGGAGAAUAUACCCUUAUUCAUGUGAGAAAAUGCUUCAGUAAAAUUUCCUUUGAAGAACAAGGUAGUUCAAAGUAGUAGUGCUACAAUUACAUUGAUCAAUAAUUUUUUUUAAGUAAGUUUUACAAAGCCAGAAGAAUAUUAGAGGGGAGACUGUGCUGAGGACAACCAAUUCUUCUUUAGCUCGUACAGCAGUCAUGGGGGAGUGUGCUUGCAUUAAUAUGCUUAUGAGUACACAUACAUGAACAUACCUGCAUUUUGCUUCUACAUUCAGAAAUAUGUUCAGUAAUAUGGUUUGAACC